AUGGCUACAACCACAAGCCAGACCUACCCGGUCUUGCCUAAAAAUCUGCUCCUCAUCUCACUGAAGAUGUACUUUGAGCCAUCGCGAACACUGGAUUACUGCCGUGCUCUGUUGGACCCCAAGAACGACAUAGUUCGGCCGGAGAAUCGGUCUAAGCUCCUCCUCGCUUUGAUCCCGGACUUUCUCACCAUUUACCCAUGCGCGGAAAUUAUCAAGGAAUACGAAUCCACACUACCCAAAGACGACUCUCCAUCACUUCCCGCCCCGUUCCUUCUAGGCGCACAAGACUGCUUUUGGGAAUCGCUCGGCCCUUACACGGGCGAAGUGUCGCCGCUUGCUCUCCGCUCAAUGGGUGUCUCCAUUGUCGAGUUGGGCCACGCAGAACGCCGCUCCAUCUUCGGUGAGACAGACGAACAGGCCGCCCGCAAGGCUGCUGCAACCUCCGCACAGGGCAUGGUGCCUCUUGUAUGCAUUGGAGAAGUUAGCGCUCCGGGCCCUGUAGUAUCCCAGGCUGUCGGUCUCGCAGUGAGCGAGUGCGAAGUACAGAUACGUGCCGUUCUGAAUGCUAUUCCUGCCGAUGCGCCUGUGAUCUUUGCGUAUGAGCCAGUCUGGGCAAUUGGACAGCCUAAGCCCGCAGGCGUGGAUCAUAUUUCAGCUGUGGUGGAUGGUCUGCGUGCCCUAAUCGGACAGCGACCUGGGGACGUCCGCAUCCUCUACGGAGGAAGCGCUGGUCCUGGCCUAUGGGGCUCUGCCGGCUUGGGGAAGGCCGUCGAUGGCAUGUUCCUCGGACGAUUUGCGCAUGAGAUUGAGGGUGUGCGCAAGGUCGUCCGCGAAGUCGAAGAAACACUCUCCUGA